CCUCUCCUCUCCUCUGUCCUGUACUCUCGGUCAAGUCUGUUCUGUGAGCACUUAGAUGGAAUAGCAGCAUUUUUCUUCUUUGGUGUUAUUAGAGGAUACUGGAAACAGGGGAGAAAUACGAUCCUGCCUACUUAAACUUGGACCAGCACUGAAGGAAGCUCCUGAGAGCAGCAGUGGUGACUGGUUUUGGUUCCUGAGUGGUGCAGUUAUGGGCAGGCCAGAGGGGUUGGCCAGGCCACCUCUGGUGUCAGCUAUGGCGUUUUCCCUCCUGGCUCUCUUUUUCCUCUGCGCCGGGGUCUCCAGCCUCCCACAGCCUCUGCCAAGAGUCUUCCUUUCCUUUGAAGACCUGCAGACCUCUGAGUCAUUUGAACAUUAUAGUAUAUCAGACAAUGCCAUGGACUACAGGCUCCUCCAGAUGGAUGAGGACCAGGACAGGAUGUACGUGGGCUGCAAGGACCAUGUUCUCUCCAUGGACAUCAACAACAUCACCCAUGGCACACUUAAGGUGUUUUGGCCGGCAUCAGUGAGCAAAAUAGAAGAGUGCCAAAUGGCAGGCAAGGAUCCCACACAUGGCUGUGGGAACUUCAUCCGGGUGGUGCAGCCUUAUAACAGAACUCAUCUGUUCAUGUGUGGCAGUGGAGCGUACAGUCCCGUCUGCGUGUACGUCAACAGGGGCCGCAGACCAGAGGAACAAGUAUUUCACAUUGACUCCAGGACCGAGUCAGGAAAAGGAAGGUGCUCCUUCAAUCCUCAAGUGAAUACAGUCUCUGUCAUGCUCAAUCAGGAGCUGUUCUCAGGCAUGUACAUUGACUUCAUGGGGACAGAUGCUGCCAUCUUCAGGAGCCUAACCAAGAGAAAUGCAGUGCGGACAGAUCAGCACAACUCUAAGUGGCUUAGUGAACCCAUUUUCAUCGACGCCCACCUCAUACCAGAUGGAACAGACCCCAAUGACUCCAAAUUGUAUUUUUUCUUCCGUGAGAGGCUAACAGAUAACAGUGGAAAUACUAAAAAUAUCCACACCAUGGUGGCCAGAGUUUGUCCAAAUGAUGUCGGAGGACAGCGCAGCCUGGUCAAUAAGUGGACCACCUUUCUCAAAGCCAGAUUGGUGUGCUCAGUUGUGGAGGAAGAUGGCACUGAAACACAUUUUGAUGAACUUGAAAGUGUGUUUUUGCUGGAAACGGAUCAUCCCAAGGGCCUGUUGGUGUUUGGCGUGUUCACUUCCACAAGCUCUGUGUUUAAAGGCUCAGCAGUGUGUGUGUACAACAUGGCGGACAUUCUCACAGUCUUCAACGGGCCCUUCGCUCACAGAGAAGGGCCCAACUUCCAGUGGGUUGCAUUCCAGGGGCGCAUCCCCUAUCCAAGGCCAGGAACUUGUCCCGGUGGAGCCUUCACACCUGACAUUCAGACGACAAAAGAGUUCCCAGACGACGUGGUGACCUUUGUACGCAACCAUCCUGUAAUGUUCAACCCCAUCUACCCGGUGGGGAGGAGACCCCUGGUGGUUCGUACCAACGCUGACUAUAAGUACACAGCGGUGGCUGUGGACCAGGUCAUGGCUGCUGACGGCAACUACCAAGUGCUCUUCCUUGGCACAGACAAAGGUACAAUACAGAAGGUGAUUGUGCUGCCGAGCAACCAUUCCCUGCAUGACGAUCUGAUCCUGGAGGAGCUGGAAGUGUUUAAGAAUAAGGCUCCUGUUACAAACUUAAGAAUAUCCUCUAAAAAACAACAGCUGUACGCCAGCUCUGAGUUCGGGGUCUCUCAGGUCUCCCUGCACCGUUGUCAGGCGUACGGCUCAGCUUGCGCUGACUGCUGCCUCGCCAGAGACCCCUACUGUGCCUGGGAUGGACUCAGCUGCUCCCGCUUCUACCCCACCGGAAAAAGGAGAAGCAGGAGGCAGGAUAUUAUGCAUGGAAAUCCACUCACUCAGUGUAGAGGAUUCAAUUUAAAAGCUUACAGGAACGCAGUGGAGAUGACACAGUACGGCGUUAAAAACAACACCACUUUUCUGGAGUGCCUUCCCAAGUCUCCUCAGGCAUCCAUUCGCUGGCUGAUUCAGCGGGACAAUGACCGAAGGAAAGAGGUAAAGCUGAGUGACCGUGUCCUCUCCACUGAACACGGCCUCCUCAUCCGCUCCGUACAGCUGUCCGACCAGGGCCUUUACUACUGCCUGACCACCGAGAAUGGCUUUAAACGCACUGUCGCCAAAAUCCGUUUGCGUGUGCUGAGUGAAGCCAUGGUGAGCAUGCUGACAGACAAGCAGCAGUCUCCUUGGGCAUGGGCCAGCUCUUUGCACCCCAAGGUCCUUUUGGCAGCUUUCAGUCCCGAAGAGAGCCUGGCAGUGCAACAAUACUGCAAAGAGAGAAAGGAGCUCAAAAACCUCCAACAGAGGCAGCAGCAGCAACCACCGCAGCCGCCCGGGCCUCUCAGGGGGGAUUUGGCCAAACUGAAACCGUUGCUGGACCGGAGGAAGAGCCGCAAUAGACGCAAUCACCCAGAGGACUGACAGAGGGUGUUGGCAGCUGCAGAAACAGACAUGCACACUUUCCUAUAAUCCUAUACGCCACAAAACAGUUACAGACCCCCAUAUUCCAACUUUCAUCUCAACUCUAGAGCUCCAUUGUUGAUAGACAUAAGAAGAAGGGUGGGGAAAUGUUAUUUAGCAAUAUGUCCUUCUUCUUGCAUGAGGAACUGUGACCAGAGGGCUGUGACAUGAGCCAUUCUUUUUUUUUUUUUUUGUCACAGUCACAACACAAACCAAAGUGGUCCUAUUAUGACAGCCACUAAGAAUCUGUUGGCUCUGCUAAUAUUGCUAAUGGUAAUACACAUCAGGACACAGCUAUAUUUUAAACAUUAGAGUGAAAUUUGAACUAGUUGGACAUACUCCCAUGUGAAUGUUUUAUUUUUUAACCAAACUGUUGAAUUCUGGGACAACAGGACUUUGAAAAUAAAUGUAGUUAGCAUACUGUUUACAGUACCAAUGGUCAUUAUAGAGCAUAUGGCAAUAAAAAGUCUCGUGUUAGCGUGAUGAAAGUUAAAAAUCUUUUAGCUCAAAGGCCAAGCUUUACAUCCAGCGCUGAGGUUCCCCAAACAGAAAUUCUCAGCUAAUUCAGUAUGAAAUUCCAUGUGACUUGUUGCAUACAUUUUACAUGAUCUCUAUAUUUAUUCCUAUUACUCGGAUGUACAUGUACUGUAUGAAUAUGUGCCUCAUGUGUAAUCUGCAUAUUGUAUCACAAUUCUCCUGUUUCCAGCACAGAAGCAUGUUUAAAGAAGGUCUCUUAAAUCCUUGGCUGGAUUAGAUUUUAGCAACCAAGCUAGCAGACAUGCACAUUUUAAUUAGUUUACAAGUAUGCAACUGCUGAAAUAUGACAGUAUCCAUCACUGGAUCCACAUUUUCUCUGCUAUUUCCAGCAACUUGGACAUACAUUUAAUUCAGAAAUUAUUGUUAAUGAAGUAGUCUGUGAGUUAAAACCUUUAACAUAUGUGAAAAGGCUAUUUUUUCCUAAACAUUGUUAAUGUAGAUAGUGAUUGUUUGUUGCUUGUGUACAGAGGUUUGUUUUUGUUGUUUCUCUGUUUGUUCAGUUGUGUCAUUCUUUUAAUUUAAUGUUGUGCCAGAUAUUGUGUUUUAAAUGUGUAUAUAAUUUCAACAUAUUUUGCCAACUAACUACGACUGUAUCUGCAAAUUGCAGAGAUAUACAGUAUUAUUUUAAUUUUGAGAAAAGGCUGUCUAGCGUGUAUCUUCUCUCGUACAGAUUUCUCCUGCAUCAUGUCAACAGUGUAAUUUUAGUGUUAUGAAAUAUAUGUAUUUCUAUUUAUUAAUGUUAUGAUAGCCUGAAUAAAUUUGUUCAGUUGAAUCUCAGUUUUACCAACAAAUCAUAGUGUUUAUUGUAAGACUACAUCAGUUUUUAAAUACACUCUACCAUUGUGUCUGAACUUUUACUGGUACUGUACAUUUUUACUACUAUAGUGCUGUGAAAAAGUCUUGGCCACCCCUAAUUUCUUUAUGUGUUGCUUUCUAGUAAUUUUUAUAGUGGUCUUGAGCAAUAGUUCUCAAGCUUUCUGAAGGUCUUUCAAAGCUUUUCUUUGGACAUCGGCUGCUUUUUCACUCAAUUUCAGUCCAGUCCUUAUACCUGACCAUUUUAUUUUCUUUUUUUUUGUUAAACAAAAAGAGGUAUUAGUUAAAAACUAUUACUGUGUCCUUUAAAAAAAAUAUUUGAGGAAACUAGGCAAGUGGAGGACAAAAGAAGUGUCAGGUCUAAAACAAAACAGUAUCUAAAAGUCAUGCCCUUAAUAAAUGGAGAAAAAUCUGGCAAAGACCUGGCACAAAUCUGAGAGAUGCAUUUGUCCCUUCAGUUGAUCCAUCUACUGUUCACUGAAGCCCAAUCAGAAAUGGUUUCAGCUAUUCUUAAGGAAGGAAAACAGCUUUGAAUGUCCUUCAAGAAAGCUGAAGGACUUUUCCGGAAGACUACUGAAAAAAAAUGAAAAGAAAGCUUACCUAAGAGAGUUCAGGCUAUGUUGACAAAUAAAUGUAUUUUUAUCAAAUGGUAAACUUUCAAGCUUGUUAGAUUUGUGCAAACUCUGGUUUUGCCAAAAGCAUUCACUCACCCAUCCAAAUCAUUGAAUUCAGGUGUUCCAAUCACUUCACACAGGUGGCCACAGGUGUAUAAAACCAGGCACCUAGUCAUGCAGAGUACUUCUACAAACAUUUGUGAAAGAAUGGGUCGCUCUCAGUAAAUUUCAACAUGGUACUAGCAAUGGCGCAAUUUGGAAUAACAGUAGCUCAGUCUCGAAGUGGUAGGCCUUGUAAAAUCAUGGAGCAUGGUCAAUAGAUGCUGAGUUACAUAGUGUGCAGAGGUUGCCAACUUUCUGCUACAGACCUCCAAACUUCAUGUGGCCUUCAGAUAAGCUCAAGGACAGCCCACAGUAAGCUUCAUGGAAUGGGUUUCCAUGGCCAAGCAGCUGCAUCCAAACCUUACAUCAUCAAGCUCAAUGCAAACUGUCGGAUGCAGUGGUGUAAAGCAUGGAUUCUUGAGCAGUGGAGAUGUGUUCUUUAGAGUGACAAAUUGCACUUCUUCAUCUGGCAAUCUGAUGGGUGAGUCUGGGUUUGGUGGUUGCUAGUAGAACAGUACUUGUCUGAGUGCAUUGUGUCAAAUGUAAAGU